GUCGGCUCCUUCAGCUCCAGCAGCAGCAGCAGAGUCGAGCCAGUCAACAGAAACUGCCAGCAUGGCAGCAAAACACUUUUACCGACAGGGCUUUUUAUUACUUUUAUUUAAUUUUAUUUCAACAGCAGCCUUGGAAAAAAGGUUCUCCGACUUUAAAAGAUGCGCAGACGAGGAGUGCAGCAUGCUUUUGUGUCGGGGAAAAGCUAUGAAAGAUUUCUCAGGACCAGACUGUCGGUUCCUGUCCAUCAAGAAAUCAGAAACUGUCUAUGUAUACUACAAACUGUCAGGCAGAAGGAACGACAUGUGGGCCGGAAGUGUUGGGAGUAACUUUGGCUAUUUCCCAAAUGAGGUCCUUGCAGUUAACCACCUUUAUACUGACAAAGAAAUUGAAGUUCCAGCAGAGUCAACAGAUUUCGUCUGUUUUGACACUGGAUUUGAUAAGUUUGAUAAUUACGACGUAGAUUCACUGUUAGGCUCCUCACCUAAGGAGAAUGAUGGUGAAAAUGAGGUAACACCUGACCAAAUCCAAGUGGCAGAGAGUGUGCAGAAAGAAACACAGCCGCCAGCAGAUGAGGCAUCUAAAAAUGAAACACAGAUUGAGCAUCAUGAUAGCUAUGAGGAUAUUGAUGAAGUCCCAGAUGAUGAAAGUGCCUCUUUCCUGGAACCUAACACAGUAACUGAAUCACCUCCUACAGAAGUAGAAGAGCCUGAUCCAGCAGCUACACCUGAUGCUCCCAAAAGAGCAGCAGAAGAGACAGAAGCUGAGCAAGAGAGCACAGCAGAGUCUGUUUUUGAAAAUCUUGUGCCAGAAACCAAAGAUACACCCCUACCAUCUGAAGUGGAAUCUGUUCCCAAAGAUGAUUUAGUUCCUGAAAGCGAACCAGUCUCGAUAUUUGAAGGAAUGCAAAUCCCUGAGCUGAAAACUACCCUCGGAACAACUUUUGAUGCUGUCACCACUGAUGAUGAAAUCACCAAGAGUGUAUCGCCAUAUGAAGAGGAGGAAAGCAAAUAUGAGGAGAAUCGUCCCGAGGAUGACAUUGAAGUUGAAGUAGAAACUCCACUGUUGUCUUUCACUAAAGAAUCCGUAAACACUCCAGCAUCUGAUCCCCUCAAAGAGCAUGAAAGUCCUCCAACAGCUCAUGAUGACAAACCAGAGGCAGCAGAGGAGAAGGGCGUGUGGACGUCAUUUGGAGAUGCUGUUUUUUCAGUUGUCACCGGGGGAGAGAGGACAGACCAAGAUUUGAGUUCAGAGGAAGACGAUGACGAUGACGACGACGACGUUGACGAAGAUGAGGUAGUGGCAGCUGCUUCAGAAAACGCCCCGAGUUUUGAGGAAGCAAAGAUAGCUGUAGAAGAAGUACCGCUAUCGGUAGAAUCACCAACAGAGCCAGAGAACGUAGAGCCAGAGAACAUGGAGCCAGCAUCGUUUGAUCAUAAAGAUGAGAGUGACGGAGAAGUGAUCGGACCUGCGGACACUUUGGAGGAAACUUUAAAACCAACCAAUGAGCCAGUACACCAUCAAAGAGAAGCAAGUACGAUAUCAGUGGAUCCGGUGCCACAACAUGAUACUACUGCCGUUCCUGAGGCUCAAAACUUAGGUAUUAAAACAACAGAUGAACCAGUUGAGCACAAAAAGGAAGAGGAGGAGGCACCCAAAGAUGUGGUGGUCAAUAAUAAUGACAGUAGCAUUACAAUAGAACAUAGUGAGGAUUUGGUCCAUGAAUUGGACGAAAACAAAACGUUGCCAGAUCAAGAAUUAGCCAGCACCAAAACUGAAACACGUCAGGACCCAUUCACUGAGGAGAUGCUAUCAAAGAAUUCAGAUAUGAAAGAUGAUGAAAAGCCGAUAGAUGACAGCUUACCUGAUCAGAAACAUGACCAUGUAAUGACAGUCUCAGAGAGUGUUAACAGUCAACCACAAUUAUCUGUGAAGGAACCAGAGAGUCACGAAGAACAUCCUACAGAGGAGUCGGAAGAUGAAGAAGAGAUAGAGAUAGAGGAACCCAAAGGCGAGGAGAAAGAAGAAUUACUUGAAGAUGAAAACGCACUUUCUUUCUCACAAUCAGAUGACACCGACUCUGACAAACCCUCACCUGAAACAGCUCUGCCCACUGUGUCGACUCCAGAGCCAGAGUACAGCGACAGCGUGUUGAGACUGACUCUGCUUCGAGACCACUUCACAGAGGAGGAAAUGAUGCGAGUCCAAAAGCUUCUGGGUCUCAAGAAUCUUUUCAAAAUUGAGUCCAUGUUCUUAGACUUGGACACCGAAUUGCAGGCUACCCGUCGCACACACACAGGUACCACACAAGACAUUGAAAGUGCACUCGAGAGCAUCCUGGAAACCUCUGAGAACACCAUCCUGGAUGAGAUUGAGAAGAUGCUGGACAGCCAGGACACAAAAGACAACUAUGACCAACUUACUGACACAAGUAGUGUGGAUGAGGAGACUGAAAUACUGGAUGACUUCCAGGAGCUCGCAUUCAGCCUACGACAGAAGUAUUCAACAGCCAGUGACAGCACGCCUUUGGCUACUGGCACAGCAUCAGAUACUGACCAAGGUGAACAUGAAUUAAAUGUUCAAGACGACACGCCCCACAUUGCUGAAGAAGUCAAGGUUGACACCGUCCCAGAGGCUGAGAGAGAAGACAAUCUCACAGUAACACAUCCUGAGGAAAAUCCACCUGAGACUAAAGAGGAGCAGAUAGUUGCAGACGUGCACAGUCGACCAGACAUCAAUGUGGAGGAGGAUGGCGGACAUUUUAAUAAAAACAAAGACAAUCAGCCGAGCUUCAGCGCAUCGGACGAGAUACAGAAGGUCCCUCAAGCCACCCUGGAAAAUCCCUUAGACAUGGGCCUUGGUGUGGAGGUUGAGCACUCACCCUCAGGAUCUUUGGACUCGAUGGAAUCAGUGUCUGAAAUUCACGAGGAAGUGGGAUUAUUCUCAACAGGGAUUGUUUACACGGGCUGCAUCCUUUCGAUGGUGAAGAGUAAAAUUUCACAGUGGACUAUUGAGGUGAUUUCAUUACUGCCAGAGGAGUGGAAGCCAGGGGAAACCUUGUUAGGUUGUCCUUGGCAAGCUGUUGUCAUCACUGCUUUGGUUGGAGUAGUGACCUUCAUCCUCUUCUUCUGGAGGACAGUGUUGGCGGUAAAGAAGAAAGAAUAUCUUGUGGAUGAAAAAAAAUUAACAGAGCAAAUUCUGGCACUCAAGAAAGAGAGGACUGAUGCUCUCGCCAAAAUGUCUGAACUCCAGAAACAGACUGAACGUCUGAAAGAAAACCAAAAACAGUCAAAGGAAACAGUUAGUACGACAAUGAAAAAGGUUCAAGACCUGGAGAGUAAAGUUUUGGAAGCAGAAACACGGAAUGAACACAUGGCCGAGGAAAAGAACAAAUAUGCAAAACUUCUAGAAGAGGAGAGGUCAAACUCUUUACAAAAUGGCACCCGGAUUGAGAAACUGGAGAAAUCAAACGAAAAGCUACAGCUGAGCAGGAAGAAGAUUCAGGAGGCUCUUGCUAAGACUACUGUCCUCCUGGACGAGGCCAAGAUUCGUGAAGAUGCCAGAAACGUCCAGCACAAAUGUCUGGAGAAAGAUUAUGCAGCACUAAAAGAAGAAAAUAAAACACUCAAAACCACCAUUAAGAGCUGGGAGGACAAACACAAGGAGCUGAACGAGCAGAUAAAAGUCUAUCAGAAGUCUCAGAAAGAGCUGGAGGACUCAGUGGUGCUCAAAGAUCACAACGUGGAGGUGCUGUCUGAUCUUCUGGCAGACCUAGACGCUUGUGAUUUGCAGAAAGGCGACACCAAAGUUUUAGCCAAUGGUGAAGUAGCACCUGUGUCUCUUUCAGACAAGAAGGUAGCUAUAAAGAACCGAAUCAAACAGAUGAUGGAUGUUUCACGGGUCCAGACCACUCUGGCUGUGAUCGAAGAAGAGCGAGAUCGCUUCAUGACCAAACUACUGAAUGAAGAAAAGACUAGGAAAUCACUGGAAGAACAACACCAGGAGCUGGAGCACGCCAUCGGAUCCCUAAAAAGUGAGAAGAGCCAAGUUGAAAACCAGCUAAAGAUGCUCCAGCAGAAAAACGAAAUCAUGGUCGAGAUGUAUCAGCAGAAGGAAAACGCUUUGCAGCAGAGAUUAACCAAGGAGGAGUUGGAGCGACGCAGCAAAGAGAGUCAGCUGUCUGAGGUGGGAGGGAAAGCCGUCGAGGCCGAGGAGCAGGUUAAAGUCUUACGGCAACGCAUCAAUGAAAUGGAGGAGCAGAUGAAGAAGACUGAGGAAGUCUACAAAGAGCAGAUAAAAGAACAGGAAAACAAAACUCACUCCAACUGGGUAAAUGCUCGUAACGCAGAGCGAGCUCUGAAUCAAGAGAAACUUGAAUCAUCAAAGCUCCGUGAAAAACUGGCUGUACUCACCUCCCAGCUUAAUGAGCGCCGUGCUCCUCUCUUCAGACCCAACUCUGGACAGCCUGCAGGCCCUCGUCAAGGUGAUUCAUAUGGGGCCUCUCCUGUGAGUGGGGGUGCUCCAUCCCCUCCAAUAAUGAUUGAGGGUCCCAGGCGCCCUCCUUCUGCCCCUGUAGGGCGAAGAAUUGACCCGUAUGGUCCGCGACCUCCAUCAGACCCACACGGUCGUUACGCUGAAAACAAACACAUCUCUGGGAUGGAGAUGAUGGGCCCCCGGAGCUCGUCACCUGCCAACAUGGAUGGAUCUACACAGGCAGUAGAUCCACAGAUAAAAGCAGAGACACAGGCUGAGGCCUCUACAGACAGUCCAGAGCCAGGACCUGGAUCCUUCCUAGCGUCUCCAAUCAGGGACUCACCGGGCCCCGUGGUCCAAGGACCUCCCCCCGGCCCUGGACCCCAUGACCAGCUCCCCCCUCCGGGACCCCCCGGCCGCCUGCCGCCUCCUGGACCUUACAGACCUCCCCGACCUGGCCUCUACCACCUCCCACCAGGUCCUCAUGGUCCCCUUCCUCCAAAUGUACCUCCUCAUCUUGGACCUCCACUACCAGCCAAUGGACACCCAGGCAUGCCCCUGCCUGGACCAAUGGGAGGAGAGUUUGGGCCUCGACCUGCCAACGGACAUGCAUUCCUACCCAGGCCGGGCCCUGGACCUGUGCUUGAUCCUCGGGGUCCGCCACCGCCACACUUCCGUCCCCCUCCACCUCACUUCGGACCGAUGCCUCUGCCACCUGGUGUCCGUGGACCUAUGGGACCACGUCCACCCAUCCCUCCUGACAUGCGCUACAUGGGACCGCGGGAUCACACCGGCCCACCAAUGAAUCUGCCUCCCGGCGUCCCUCCCCACCCCGCACACGGCGACGCAUUCGGUCACGCUCCACCCGAUGCCCUCCACAACUCACACACCGGCCCCAGACAGGACCUGCACGUGAAGCAGGAGGCCCCUCAGGACUCAGCGAGGCCAGCGAUGGUCAAGCCUUAAAGACUCCACCGAGCUGUGGCAGAGGACUUGAACUUAACCCCCAAACCCCCAUCACAUUAACAACCAACAACCCAGAUCCUGUCUAAACAAAGGUCAUGAUUAUUUUCAUAUAUCACUUAAAAUAAAAUAAAAAAAAGCAUUGAUGUUUAUUUAAAAAAAAACAAAAAAAACAUGGUCCUUAAAUUAAAGCAUCAAUAAUUAUGUGUCUGAAUCAACAUGAGUUAAGAGGGUUGCCACUUUUCUAAACCGCUUAUUGUGCAAUAAUAAUUCAUCAUAUGCCAGAGGAUUUUCAUUUUUGUUUAUCUUUAAAAAAAAAUAUAUAUAUAGCAAUGAUUUUUAAGGGGCAAUUUUUUAAAUGUCAUUUCCUGUGGAAAUUAUUUUAAAAAAAAAAAGGAGAGGGAGGAGGGAGUUUAGCUUCUAGCAUUUCAGGAAUACCAUAAUUUCCCAAAGCUGUUGCUUUAGAGCCGACUGUAAAGCAAAUGUGUAAUUUGAUGGCCAGAUGUAUAACUUAUUUUACUAUGAUGGUAGAACUUUUAAUAAUAAAGAAUGUAAAAGCU